UCACCCCACAGGUGGGAAAUGGAACGUGGAACUCAGGGGAAUUUGAGAGGUGACGGGGCUGUACCUCGACCGGCUGCACGUCCAUGGUUUUUCGCCGCCGGCUCCCAGACACCGUCUCCUCGUCCUCGUCCUCCUUCUCCUCAUCGCCGGACUUAAGCUCGGCCGCGGUGGGGGCGGCAAAAAGGCUCUCCAAGCUAGGACGGUUCCUUUUGCGGACCGACACCCGCCGGCGGAUGCGGGAACAACCUUCAUCCAUGGCAGGGGCUGGGGGCCCUGCCCGAACGUCGUUCCGCGUGACCCAGCCGCCAAACCCCAGUGAAGGGGUGAGCGCAUUAACAGGGGGAAGGUAACAACAGGCGGAAACUGCGCUCGCCUCUCUAUCCACCUUUGGGAAGGGUCACAAACCAAUUGUCAGGGCUUGGGACCGGAAGCGGAAGCACAGACGUAGGAGCCCGCCCUCUCUUCGUCCAAUCUUGCGGCGCGGCAAGAGGGAGAGGAGGAGAACGGGAAGGUACUGCGCAGGUGCAUAGAAAUCCCCACCUGCUCUUUCCUUGGAUUCCUUACGUUCGCCUUCGGAACCUUUGAACCGAGUACUUGGGCCAACAGGGGAAGCAUACCGGAAGUGACUUGUCCAGACGAUUUGGAAAAAGGAAAGGAAGAGGAGGAGCAACGAACCAUGGCAGCUAUGGUAGCCCUUUGCAGUGGGCUAGGAAGGAGAACGUUAACGCACUUCGUAACGGCUGCUGUCUGCCUCACAGAUUCUGGGGCUCAUGCAGUGCUGUGGAGAAGUUGUUCACAAUAUAAACAGGUAACCAGCAAUGAGGACCUGCCUGUUCCAAUGGAAAAUCCUUAUAAGGAGCCUCUGAAAAAAUGUAUCUUGUGUGGAAAACGUGUAGAUUAUAAGAAUGUACAGCUUUUAUCCCAGUUUAUUUCUCCAUUUACUGGAUGCAUUUAUGGAAGGCACAUAACAGGUCUCUGUGGGAAGAAACAAAAAGAAAUCACAAAAGCAAUUAAGAGAGCUCAAAUAAUGGGGUUUAUGCCAGUUACAUACAAGGAUCCUGCAUAUCUCAAAGACCCUAAAGUUUGUAACAUCAAAUACAGGGAGUAAAUUCUAUAAAGUUAUCAUCAAUAAAUUUAUUUUACAGUUGUGUGGUGGUAAUAUUGGCUCAAACUGU